AUGAGACUGGAACUACGACCCUUUGGGAUCGAUGUGAUCAAUGUUGUACCUGGUGCUGUGAAGUCCAACAUAGGAAACUCUUCCAUAGCAACAUACAAUAGGCUGCCAGAAUCGAAGUUGUACAAGAAGUUUGAAGAAGCAAUUCGAGCAAGAGCAAUGCUUUCCCAGAACAUUAAAUCAACGCCUGCAGAAGAGUUUGCGAAGAAGACGGUCGACGCAGUGCUGAAGCAGAAUCCACCUGCUUGGCUUUCCUUAGGCCAUCUGUCCGGAGUAAUGGCAAUCUUGCACCAUAUGCCCCUUCCCAUCAGAGAUUUCCUCAUCAGAAAGAAAUUCAACUGUUGA